GAAGGCUAAUGGAUGAUUAGAAAACCCUUGUACAAUCAUGUUAGCACAGCUGAAAACAGUUGAGCUCUUUAGAGAAGCUAUAAAACUGACCUUCCUUUGAGCAGAUUGAGUUUCUGGAACAUCACAUUUGUGGGGUCGAUUAAAUGCUCAAAAUGGCCAGAAAAAUGUCUUGACUAUAUUUUCUAUUCAUUUUACAACUUAUGGUGGGAAAUAAGUGUGACUUUUCAUGGAAAACACAGAAUUGUCUGGGUGACCCCAAACUUUUGAACGGUAGUGUGUAUACAUGUUAUUUCACCUCUCUCACUGCCAUCACCAGGAACUACCUGCAGGCCAGGACAAUGAGAACAUUUUAACAUAGCCUAUGGAAAUCCAAAGUUUACACAUUAUCAUCAUGCACAGCAACUGCAAAACUGCAAAACUAGUUUUAAAACCGCUAAGUUCCAACUGUUAAACAUAGCGAGAGGCUGGGCUACGUGUGUGUGUGUAAAGUGUAAACCAGUGCAUCCUGACUUUCUAACUAUGCCUGUGUGUUGCGUGAGCGGCAGUCAGUCAACAACUCUUCACAAAGUUUCCUUAUGAAACAAUAUGCUCGCUGAAAUUAUGGCAGGGAACGCCAGAUUAAACAUUAAAACUGCCUUCUGAGCACUGUAUCUACAGGCUGCCACUGAAAGAAGGAGGCUACCAGAAAGGCUUCUCUACUCCGUACGAUUUUACUUUCACUACGACAUUACUUUGAACAGACUAUCAAAAAAUUGCAAGGUGAUAUGAUAAAGUAAGGCACAGUUUACUUACAGUCGGUUUUUUUUUUUUUGGAAAAAACGAUGCAAUCGUUUUCUGCCUUUUGGCACCCUUCAUCAUGCCGUGUUGGGGUCCUGAACUAGGAGGAGCUGUCCCCGAUAUGCCUGUCAAACUUUGUGAUAUAUGCAGAGUACUGCCCUGCUGACUAAACCUUAAGAAGUGCUGGUGGUGGCGUCUCACACAUGACGUCCUCCUGUGUCCUUUGCGGUGUCCUCUUCGUCAUCACGAUCACGUCCAUCACUACACCUGUAUCAGCUGUUACUACAGUACGGGUGAAGUUUAAUCAGUCUGCUGCUCUGCCAUGUGAACGGACCUGUUCUCAUGAGGCCAAAUGGACUCCGUUCAGUAACGAUCAGGUAGUGGCUCAGUGCGAUCAGAUAUCCUGCUGGUCAGAGGAGGGAUUUAAAAUGUCCCAUGAUGAGUACCUGAAGGGAAAUCUCACCCUCACCAUCCCUGCAGCUGAUUUCAGUCAGAGGAAACUGUACACGUGUCAGUGUGAUGGCAAAGACAUAAAAGAUGUGCAACUCAGCAUCGACAGGCGGAGCUCAUUAGUUCAGCUGAAGCCUGGUGAAGAUCUGCUGCUGGAUUUGCACGUAUCAGAGCAAGUGGAGGUGAUCUAUUACCACAGAGAUUCAGAUAAACAGAUCUGCAGUGUGGACAGAAGCUCACUCCACUGUCCAGCUGAAUACACCUCGAGAACAUCACUCACUAACACGGUUCUCACACUGAGAGGAGUCCGGUCGACUGAUGGGGGAGUUUACAUCGUCCGAGAUCCGGAGGAGAAGGAAGACCUUCAUAUUUACGCAGUCAGUGUUGAAGCUCCAGGACCAGAGAGUGGUGGGAUACCAGUGUGGGUGUUUCUGGUGGUGGUGUUGCUGCUGCUGCUGCUGCUGCUGCUGUUUUAUGUACGGUAUGGGAAGCGUGUAUUCCUGAGGAAGCGAAGACGACGACGAAAAGCAGAUUCGAACAGCUCACCAGAGGCAGAACGGCUAAACAUGGUGUCAGAAGGUAUAAAUGGAACCACAGUGCAGCUCAACAGAGGGCCGGUAAAGUCGGCUGAUGACCCACCGCAGAUCUGCAAGGUGGACAGUGUUUGAGCACCAGCUUUGGGAACAGAAGGUCAACUGGUUCAAUUCCCUGGACCAGCAGAAAAAUACCUUUCCAGUCAGGCCCCUGACCCCCCACUGCUCCCCAGGCUGCUGUAGGUGUGUUGUACGUUGUGCUGCAUAAGAGCUUCUGAUAAACGCCUGUAAUGUCACACAUAAGCUCACACAACAGUUUAACAGGAGGAAAGAAAACAAGUCGGUUUAUUUGUAUCGCGCUUUUAACAGCAGACAUUGGCACAAAGCAGCUUUACAGGAAAUUAAAGAUUUUAAACUUGUGUAUAAUUAUACUGUAAUUAUCCUAAGCCUGUUAUUUUCGUGCAAGAGUGUCACCUGCACGCCUUGGCACGUGCAUCAGAUCGGCUCUUGGGUGUGCUCCAGACCCUCGUGCCAAGUGUACUCUUGCGUGAUUACUGUAAACAGAUUCAAAUAAACUAGUCGUAUCAGACGCUCGCUGGCCGUGCUGUGAAAAUGAUCCAUGCAGACGCUCAUCAAAGUUUCCAAAUCUGUCAUUGCUUAACUCUUGAAUAUUUUCUAUCGUGAAUACUCUCAUUUAAAAUCUUAUCUCUGCUUUCCAAAGAAAUGUAUCUGGGUAAGAUCUUUUCAGUACUUUGGGAGUAACGGCAGGUUGAAGUUGAUAGAACAGAGUAAAAACUCUGCUCAUGGGAUGUCGGGAAACUGCCGGUGCUUUGCUUUUUGAGUGACGGGAAAGUGGUCAGGCUCUCUCUCUCUCUCUCUCUCUCUCUCUCUCUCUCCCAUGAUGGGUUUCUCACUGGAUUACUCGUCAGUAUCAAUCAGGUCACUUUUAUAGGGAUGUUCUCUCGCUCUCACUGUUUCUGAUGAAGGAUUCAGUAAAAUGCUAGUUUUGAUGUUAUGAUUCAUGGCCGACUUUGAAGUGAGUUUUCAGAGCUUUACCUACUUAUUUUUUUUCAAAUCAAACUGAUUCCUGUAAAUACUGUUUUAGAAUAUAACUGGACUUGUUUUGAUAAAAUAUUGCGAUCUUAUUGGUUGGAAUUAUAUUUAAAAACAAACGGAAGUCAGAAAUGCCAGCGUCAAUUUCAGUUCAGUUAAUGUGAAUUGUUUACUGGAUGUGGAUCAGACAGUUUUUUCCAAGUUCGCAUUGAAAGCUGUGAAUAUUAAUCAAAAUAAUUUAUAUUAUUUCAUAUAAACAUUAGUCGGCCCUACUGAGAAAUACAAAAGCCUACAAAGCACAAAGAGGGGAUUAGAAAUCUUUUAUUACUUUUUUUAUUUUUAUAGAGAAUGAAAGAUGUGAAAGGUUUUUUUUUAAUGCAUAUUUUAUAACUGUAUUUGUAAUUAACAUAGAUUUUUCCUGCUUUGUGAUGUGUAAAUGAGUUAAGAUUAGCUUUUAUAUUUCACAAAUAAAGCCAUGUGGUGAAACUUUGAA